GUUAUUACUAAUCACCAGGGUGACAAGGCUCCACAGUUGUUUUUACUCUAUGACAGCUGUGUGAGCUCUCCCUUUUGGCCAACUUGAAUUCUUGGUGUGUGGGGUGGUCGGCUAUAUUUAGAUGGCACACGGUUAUAUUGAAGUGGCUUCAGACCUGGCUGACUAUAGUUCCCUGUCUUCACUAGUGUCGCAAACACUUCCUGUCCUGAAAGAAUGGAUCCCCACAGCAUGAGGGAAGAUCUGCGUCUGUUUCAGAGCACUUUGCUGCAGGAUGGACUGAAGGAGCUCCUGAAUGAGAACAAGUUAAUUGACUGCAUCCUAAAGGUUGGAGACAGGAGCAUCCCCUGCCAUCGGCUCAUUCUGGCUGCUUGUAGUCCUUAUUUCCGGGAGCUUUACUUCUCAACAGAAGGCAAGGAAACGGCUCAAAUGGAGGUUGUUCUGGAGAACCUGGAUCCCAAUAUUAUGGAUCAGAUUGUAAAUUACAUGUAUUCCGCUGAGAUUGACAUCAAUGACAACAACGUGCAGGAUAUUUUGGCAGCUGCCAACCGAUUCCAGAUCCCCUCAGUGUUCACAGUUUGUGUGAAUUAUCUUCAGAAGCAGUUGUCCAAGAAAAACUGCCUUGCUAUCUACAGGCUGGCACUGAUGCUGAACUCCACCAGGCUGGCGAUGGCGGCUCGAGAUCACAUCGCGGACCACUUUGAGACCGUAACCAAGGAUGAGGACUUCUUAGAACUUGCUCCACCUGAACUCUUUGCCAUCAUUGGAGCGGAUGCUUUGAAUGUAGAAAAAGAGGAAGUGGUGUUUGAGACCCUCAUGAGGUGGAUCAGAAAGGACAAAGAGAAGCGUGUGAAAUCCUUAGGAGAGGCCUUCGACUACAUUCGUUUCCGUUUGCUCUCAGAGAAGUACUUCAAGGAGAAGGUGGAGAAGGAUGACCUCAUUAAAGCCGAUCCUGAGAUUCUCAAGAAAGUCAAGGCCGUAAAGGAAGCCUUUGCAGGGAAGCUGCCCGAGACGAAGAAGGGAAAAGAUGAUGAAGAAGGAGAGGAGGAAAAGUUACCCGGCUAUCUGAACGAUACCCGCAGAUAUGGCAUGUAUGCAAAAGACAUGAUUCUCAUGAUCAAUGACACGGCUGCUGUGGCCUACGACGUCCAGGAGAAUGAGUGUUUUCUUGGUGCGCUGGCAGAGCUGAUCCCCCGAAACCAUGUCAGCCUGGCAUCGAAGAAGAACAACCUGUAUGUGUUGGGAGGACUAUUUGUAGACGAAGAGGACAAAGAGAACCCGUUGCAGUGUUACUUCUACCAGUUGGACAGUCUCACUGCUGAAUGGAUCGCUCUGCCCCCCAUGCCCUCCCCCAGGUGUCUGUUUGCUGUGGGGGAAUGUGAAAAUCUCCUCUUUGCUGUCGCAGGAAAAGAUUUACAGUCCAAUGAGUCUCAUGACACUGUCCUGUGCUAUGACACUGAAAAAAUGAAGUGGAGUCAAGCUAAAAAGUUGCCCAUGAACAUCCACGGUCACUGUGUGGCCUCUGAGAACGGGCUGGUUUACUGUAUCGGAGGAAAAACAGAUGACAAUAAAGCAAUCGAUAAGGUGUUUGCAUACAACCACAAGAGGUCCGAGUGGAAGGAGGUUGCUUCCAUGAAGACGCCCAGAUCCAUGUUUGGGGCCGUCAUCCACAAAGGGAAGAUUAUUGUCGCUGGAGGAGUCAAUGAGGAAGGCCUCACAGCUUCAUGUGAAGCCUAUGACUUUGGAACCAACAAGUGGUCACCCUUCACAGAUAUGCCCCAGGAGAGGAGUUCAGUGAACCUGGUGAGCUGUGCGGGGCAGCUGUACGCAGUAGGAGGCUUCGCCAUGGUGGAGAACGAUGACAAAGAGUGUGUACCCAGUGAAAUCAUCGACAUCUGGCAGUAUGAAGAAGACAAGAAACAGUGGAGCGGUAUGAUCCGAGAGAUGCGUUAUGCAACAGGAGCUACCUGUGUGUCCAUGAGGCUGAACGCAGCCAGAAUGCCCAAACUGUAACAAACCAGGGACACACAAGGCACUUUAACUUUACUGCUGUAGGCAAGAAUAUUAUGUACAUGCUCUAAUGUAGUGGCUCUUUUGUUGUUAUUUCACAUUUUUACAUAUCACAUGUCACCUUUACCCAUUCUGUGUGUUUUAAUUAAAUGUAUCAUGGUUUUAAAUGGCUUAUUUCUUGUCAUUUGGACCAGACUAUUGAUUCUUCUAAAACAGACCACUUUAAGUUGAGAAUUGCCCACUUUUAAUAUAACUGUUAACUGUAUGUUUUCUUUUGUUAAUCUGGAAAUGUUUCCUCUCCUGUCAAUUACAAC